AUGGAUGAAAGUACUAACGGUGUGACACCGAACACGAAUUUCGGUUAUGAGGACAAUAUAAUAUUAAAUUGUGUCAGGAAUAGGAAAAAAGUGAGCGAAUUACCGAACUGUCCGGUAUGCAGCUGUACGAUUCGCCACGGUGAAUUGGAGAGUCACUUAGCGUUGGAAGUUGAGAGAUUAAAUAAACUUUCUAGUGCUAGUAGUAAACGGAAGUUAAGUUCUAAUAGUCCCGGAUCAAAUCCGAUGCCCGGGUCGAGUUCUAGCGCGGAUAAUCAAGAGGAAGUUGACGUGUCUGGCUGUACAGGCAGUGAUGCUUACCAGAGAAUACAUUCAAACCGCCUCAAGAGACUUCGGGCCCGCCGGCGUAGCCCGCCGCCCCAGCAGGGCGAAUGCCCUGUGUGUAAUGAACUACUGCCCAUGUCGAGGCUACAAAGACACGCUCUCAGGUGUCUGAAGCGAACCGGGGCUGUUCUAGAUGAAGAUGUACCAGACACGAGCUCAGAAGAUGGAAGUAUUGAUGUAGAGAACGAUGAGCCAUCUACCUUUGGGUCUGAGUAUCAGUGGUGUGGUGAAUGGAGGGUAAGGGCCGCUGCCUUACAAGACGGAGAAGGUCGCCUUGGAACCAGUGUAAGAAGAGCUUCCACUGAUCAAGCGCUGGUCGUAGAUGGUGAUGAGGACGCCGAAUUAUACGGACCCCCGCAGUAUUCACCAUCAAGAAUAGCUCCUGAGGCUGAAAUUCCCGAAGCUGAUGACUCAAGAGAGCGAGAUUCUGACGGUGAAGUAGUGAUGAAACCAAACGGCUUAGUUGAAGCCAGCGCAGAGACCAGAAUACAAGCAUUGAAAGAGAAAAUCAAAGAAUUGGAGAAAAAACAGAAUUCUUCAUUGGAGGCCAAAUGUCUCAUAUGUCUGGGAGGGUACACAUCUCCUGCAGUGUCAAUACAAUGCUGGCAUGUAUAUUGUGAGGUAUGUUGGCUGCAAUCUUUAAGAGCUAAGAAAAUCUGUCCUCAGUGCAACGCUAUCACUACAGCUGAACAUCUGAGAAGGAUAUACAUGUGA